AUGGAGAAGAAGUUUGGGAUGGAGGAGAAGUUUGGAAUGGAGGAGAAGAACCAAAGUAUGGAGAAGAAGUUUAGGAAGGAGACGAAGUCAAGGAAGAAGAAGUUCUGGAUGGAGAAGAAGUUAAGGAUAAAGAAGAAAAUAUGGAUGGGGAAGAAGUUUGGGAUGGAGAAGAAGUUUGGAAUGGAGAAGAAUCUACUAACAGAAGAAGUUAAAGAGGAUGGAGAAGAAGUUAGGGAAGGAGAAAAAGUGAAGAAUGAAGAACAAGUUAGGGAAGGAGAAGAAGUUAAGGAUGGAGAACAAGUUAGGGAUGGAGAAGAAGAAGCUAAGGAUGGAGAAGUAGUUUGGGAUGGGGAAGAAGUGAAGGAAGGAGAAGAAGUUAAGGAAGAAGAAGAAGAAGAAGUUUUGGAUGGAGAAGAAGUUAAGGGUAAAGAAGAAAGCAUGGAUGGGGAAGAAAUUUGGGAUGCAGAAGAAGUUAAGGAUGGAGAAGAAGUUUAG